AUGGAAAAGAUUCGAGCUCGUCGUUUAUUAGCUUUAAGUUCUUCAGGAUGUGAGACGGUCAAACUGAGGACACGAAGGUCCAAACUUUACAACAAAAACUCCAGUUCCGGCUCCCACAGUAUCUUCGGGGUCGGUAUUACACUGUUUUCUGUGAUAUUUCGCCUCGUGAACUGCCUGCUGGUGCAAACCAGUUUCGUCCCUGAUGAGUACUGGCAGUCGCUGGAGGUGUCUCAUCGGAUGGUAUUUAAAUACGGGUACGAAACGUGGGAGUGGAAGGAAGGCUUACGAGGUUACGCCUACCCGCUUCUGUUCGCCGCCGUAUAUAAAACACUCCACCUGCUGCACUACGACACGGUCCAGCUGCUGGUCCUGUUACCCCGGGUUCUGCAGGCGCUUCUGGCGGCGUACGCAGAUGUGAAGCUCUACCAUCUGGUUCGCAGACUGGAGAGUCCAGAUGUGGCUAAAUGGACGUACUUUUGCCAGUUAUGUUCCUGGUUCACCUGGUACUGCUGUACCCGCACGCUCACCAACAGCAUGGAGACCACCCUCACCACCCUGGCACUCUGCUACUACCCACUACAGAGCAUCAAAACACACAACAGCUGGAAGUACCUGUCGCUCGUGUCCCUCGCUGUCGUGGUCCGUCCCACGGCGCUGAUCGUUUGGCUUCCUCUGCUGCUGUGUCACGUGUGGCGUGACGACAACAAGCUGAAGCUCAUCACUCAGCACGCACUUCCUGUUGCGGCCGCCACACUGGUGCUUUCCACACUGAUCGACUGCAUAUUCUAUGGAAAGUGGAUCUUCGUCCAGUGGAAUUUCCUGAAGCUGAACGUCUUGCACAACGUCGCAGAGUUUUACGGCGCACACCCGUGGCACUGGUACUUCUCACAGGGCUUCCCGGUCGUCCUCGGGUCUCACCUGCCCCUCUUUAUGCACGGCUGCUACCUCGCCUCCAAGAGACACAGACUCCUGAUCGUUAGCAUCACGUGGACGCUGCUGGUUUACAGCCUCCUAGCGCAUAAGGAGUUCCGAUUCAUCUACCCGGUGUUGCCGUUCUGCAUGAUCUUUUGUGGUAUAUCGCUGGUGAAGCUGCGCUCCUGGAGGAAGCCUGCUGUGGGCGCUCUGCUGGGAUUGAACCUGCUCCCGGCUCUAUACGUAGGCUUAGUUCACCAGCGCGGCGUCCUGGACGUGAUGGGUCACCUGCAGCCCCUGUGUGACUCCAGGGAUCAACCACACGUACUGUUCCUCAUGCCCUGCCACUCCACACCCUUAUACAGUCACCUCCACUGUCAGAUCAGACUGCAGUUCCUGGAAUGUCCACCGGAUCUGAGCGGAAAUCCGGGCUACGUGGAUGAAGCGGCGACGUUUUACUCCGAUCCUCUGCACUGGCUCAGAACCUCCUUCACCAACACGUCCAGUCUGCCCUCGCAUAUCGUCUUAUUCGAUUCACUGGAAAAGGAAAUUUCUGUUUUCCUGAGUGAAAACGGAUUUGUGAAGCAGGCUGAAAUCUUCCACACUCAUUUCCCGGAGGGACGAGUGGGAAAGAAGAUCUUCAUCUACAAUCAAUAACAGUCACACAAUCACUCCUGACGACGACUGGAUUCAUGGACCAGUGAUUUUUAUUACUAAUGAGAACUGAACUUGAAUGUGUGGGUGUUUUUUGUAAAUUAAAUACUUGACCUCUUUUGUAAAA